AUGGGUCAAGAAGCUGGCAAACCUGCCUGGCCCAAACCAGCAGGAGGAUAUCAAACUAUUACAGGUAGAAGAUAUGGAAGAAGACAUGCCUAUGUUGGUUUUAGACCAUCUUUGAAUAGCCAAGACCGAGACGAACAUCAACACAACGAAGACUGCGAACGAUUAGAAUUGGAAGAUGUUCAGAAAGAGAAUUCUUUAUGUUCCAGUCCAUUGGUUCAAGUUUCUUCUGGUUUAUUGGAUGAGCCUUUGUUAGAAAAUAUUGGAACUGGAGAACCUGUUCACCAAAGUGUAUGGAGCCGAGCUUUUGAAGCAAACACAUCACCAUUUUCUCUAUUCUCUUAUGGUCUGGAAGGCAGCAAAAUCUCAGGGAACUUUAUGAAUCCUUAUGAAAAUUCUGAGAACCUUGCAGAAUAUGCAUCUGGAGGGCGUAAUGGUCUGAAUGGUCAGAAUGGAAUUGCUUUUGUAAACAUUGACUCUUAUGAGCCAGAUAGCAGUGAUGGAGAGGAAGGUGAUGCUCAAGACAAAUUUUCUUUGGCAAGAGAAGAAGCAGUUGUAUUUCAGGAAACACUAGAUAACAUGCUUUCUGAGUUAGAAAAAGGUGUAGAGUCUUCUACUGACUUACAGUCCCGAUUGUCUGCUCUCAACCACAGCAUUUCUAGAGAAUGUUGCGAAGAAGCGGGAUCAAUGCCUUUAAGGAGAUAUUUUAGCAUAGAUUCAGACUUGGCUUGUCCAAACAACAGGACAUUUAAAUCUUCUGCUGAAGAUCAAGCUGUACAGAAAAGUAGCCUGAGUGGUGCCAAUUGUGAAACACAGCAGAUAAAAAAUAUAGUGGAUGUUGGAAUUGGAACCCCUGUAACAACUGCUAAUGAAUUGAAUCUCAAUGAUGGCAAGGCUGACCAAGGAAAUUCACCUGAGCUAGUAGUGAGACCUAAAAUAAGAAAACAAAGUACUGCAAACCAGUUGGAGAGAGAGAAGCUUCUCCCUAAUGAUGAUGAAGAGGAAAGUGGUUCCUGGAGGAGAAGUGAAAUUGCUGAAGUCGAGCAAGGCCAUGCUGAGUGUGCCUUAAGAAAUAGCAAAGAAGAGAUGAGUUCUAGUAUGUUCUUUGACUCAAGAGAGUACGAAGACGCAGAAAUAGACCUAAGGAAAAAUGCACCAGCUCAAGAACAAAAAAAUGCUCUAGAUGAUAGCACUUUUUGGGAUGAGUUUGAAGACUGCAGCAGACACUUCUCAAUGUCCCACAAAGAUGAAGACAGCUCAGAAUGCAGUGAUGGAGAAUGGUCUACAGCUGUGCCUACCUAUUUUACUGCUACAGAAAAAGACCAGUCCUCAAGUGAUGAGAGCUGGGAGACUGUCCCAGGCAGGGAGGAACGUGAGCCCGAAGUGCAGAGCAGCAGCAGUGGCAUAGAAGAGGAGAACACAAAUUUCUGUUUGUACGGAGGGGAACAGACAUUAUUGGAGGAAGGAGAGAUUCCUUGGUUACAGUACCGGGAAGAAGUAGAAAGUAGCAGUGAUGAGGAAAAUGAUCCAGUUAGUGAUUUUGUGCAUCCUGGAUUCUUCCUGUUGGAUGGAAAUAACAACCUUGAGGAUGACUCCAGUGUGAGUGAAGACCUGGAUGUGGAGUGGAGACUACUUGAUGAGUUUGGUGAUGGCCUAGGACUUGCUCAAGCCAUUCCUUAUGUGGAUCCUGAGUUUCUCACAUUUAUGGCACUAGAGGGACGCUUACAACAAGCUGUGGAGACUGCUCUGGCCCAUUUGGAGUCUCUUGGAGUUGAUGUUGAACAGGCUCAUCCACCACCUACUAAAGAAACCAUAGAUUGUCUGCCACAGAUUAUCAUCACAGAUGACCAUGAUGGUCAAGAGCAGUGUUGUACUAUCUGUUGCAGUGAAUAUGUGAAAGAUGAAAUCAUAACGGAGCUACCCUGUCAUCAUUUGUUUCACAAAUCUUGUGUAAUUCUUUGGUUACAAAAAUAUGAGCCUGGACUUGCUAGUUCUCGGUGA